AGCAACAAUGUGUUUUCUUUACAUCAUUACUGUAUUAUUCAUACUUAUCGUAUUGGGGUAUCAUUAUUAUAUACAUUAUGGAAGAAAUGGGCGAUUGAUCAAUCUUAUACCAGGCCCAUCAGGUUAUCCGAUUUUUGGGAAUCUACUGCAAUAUAUAGGCCCACGAGAGAAACAAUGGAAGUUACUGAUGAAUCUAAUUAACCAGUACUAUCCUAUUGUUAAACUUUGGGGAUUCUCUAUCCCCUUUGUAUUGAUUCGUCAUCCGGAUGAUUUAAAGACAAUAUUAAGCAGCACGCAGCACAUCAAAAAGAACUUCUUUUAUGAUAUUCUACGUCCAUGGAUGGGCAAUGGUAUUUUGAUUAAUGAAGGCGCAAAAUGGCAUUCAAUACGGAGAACAUUAACUUCCACAUUUCAUUAUAAUAUUUUGCAGCAACAUGCUGAGAUUUUGAUCAAGGAGGGUGAAAACAUGACAAUGUCUUUGAAAAAUACAGGAGGCACAGUUGUAAAAGAUUUAGUACCGUUUGUUAGUGAACAUACGUUGAAUGCAAUAUGCGAAACUUUAAUGGGUACUUCUCUACGUGACCUCGAUGAAUUCCAGCAAAAAUAUCGAAAAGCUGUUCAUCGGAUUUGCGAACUUUUUAUUUAUAGGUUACUGAGGCAGUGGUUGCACAACGACUGGAUAUUCUCGUUAACAUCAAAAGGCAAAGAACAGGCAGAGAUUCUAAGAAUAUUACAUGGAUUUACUAACCACAUUAUUGCGGAAAGAAAACUGUAUCAUGAACGCACCAACGGUCGAUUAUUGAGAAGAAGUAUCACAUCGACAGACACAAAUGACACAGAGGCGAAUGGAAAACGGAUCCAACUUUCAUUGUUGGAUCAUCUAAUAGCAGACAAUCGAGAAGGUCGUCUAACUGAUUUAGAUGUCAAGGAGCAAAUUGAUGGUUUUAUGUUUGCUGGUCAUGAUACUACGGCGUUAAAUUUAACCUAUCUAUUAAUGCUAUUAGCUGAGCAUAAAGACAUUCAG